CAUAUUUUAAUUAAAAUAUGUAUAAAGAAUUAAAUCUGUGUUUAAUUAUAAUAAUAGCCGCGUUUAAGGGCUAUCGGUCUGAAUGCAAGAUAACUGAGGAGCAACUGGACAAUUGUUUUCAUGAUGCCAUGUUCCUUGGUAAUCUCGACUCCAUUAUACCCUCUAAUGAGGAUGAAAUGAGCCACCACUGCAGUACAAUAAAUGGUGGAGUGAACUGUGCCCGCGACUACUCGGCCUCGUGUUUGACAGGUUUCCCGCAACAAGUGACGGAAAUGGUGUUGACAAAUAUGGGCCAUCAUAUGGAGUCGCGCUGUAAUAAGCCGUCCGAAAGGGCAGAGUUUCUCGAAAAUGUCAAAUGCUUUUUGCCCAAAGAGAAGAUGAAACCGUUGCACGUCUGCGGCGAUAAACACACGAAGUUCAUGGAAAUCGCAUCCAAGAUGUCCAAAGAGGACGCACACCUGGCCUUCAUGUGCUGUGCCUAUCAGGUGUUCAAACACUGUAUCCUCACGAAUACCAUACAAAUCUGUAGCGAAGGACACGCCCAGUAUUGGGAUGAGAUCUUCGAGGAAGUGGCGUCGGAAGCGGUGACCUUCGCGUGCAGUGAUUUCGAUAGCGUUGACAAGUGUGCGGCCAAAUUGAAGCCCGAAGACUGGGCUAAGAUUAAGACUAUUGAUCAGGCAACUGAUCCGGCUGUUUGGGCCCACAAUAUGAGGACACCUAUUAAAUUUAUGCUCGAAAUGAUCAAUAAGUUUCAUAUGGACUCGUAA